UAAAAUAAAUUAAUGUACACAAAUAUAUAUUUAUUUAUAUAUGCCUGGUGAAAGGUCUUACCAAUGGUGCGGUUUGAAAAAUUUUGGUAGAGAAACAGUGGAUGAAGUGAAGGCGAAGCGACGUCGUGUUCUGGGGGCGGGGAAUAACUUUAUUGCCUUCUUUCUUUGGACAUUCUCUUGAUUCUUUGCCUUUUCACUUGGAUUAUUCGACUUUCUUCUGAUUACAUCUAAAAGCCCACAAGAAAAGAAAAGCCAUUUUUCGAUCUUCUCUGUAUCAACUUUAGUUUUGGAUUUUGUGGAGUUUUCACUGCAAGAUGAAGCCAUUAAAUUCUGCUAUAUUGGAUCCUAAAAGUAGAUCGUGUCUCUGCAGUCUCUUUGUAACAGCUUCUUUGAUUUUUGGUGUUUAUUUCAUUGGGAGUGCAUGGUUGGGAAAAGAUUCCUUCAGGAUGCAGAUAUUACCUGGAUUUGGAGUGCGUGGAGCACAUAAAAAUACAGAAUAUGAUGAUUGCAAGGUAGGAUCGAGUGUGGACAUAAAAGUCAAUGAUACCAAGGAGAAUACACAGCUCAACAAAUGCGAAGUGAAGUGCAGGCCUUUUGGUGGUGAGGCUUUACCAAAAGGAAUAGUUUCAUCAACUUCAAACUUGGAAAUGCGGCCUUUGUGGGGCCCUGUUUCAGAAAAUGAGAACUCAAACCACGCAAAGAAUUUGUUGGCAAUUGCAGUUGGGAUUAAGCAAAAAGAGUUGGCAAACCAUAUUGUUGGGAAGUUUGUGGGAAAUGAUUUUGCAGUGAUGCUUUUUCACUAUGAUGGUGUUGUGGAUGAAUGGAGCGACUUUGAGUGGUAUGGGAGAGUCAUUCAUGUCUCUGCCACAAACCAAACAAAAUGGUGGUUCGCCAAACGUUUUCUACAUCCUGAUAUCGUUGCUGAAUACGAGUAUAUUUUUCUGUGGGAUGAGGACCUUGGCAUCGAAAAUUUUCAUCCAGGAAGGUAUCUAUCCAUUAUUAAAGAAGAAGGUCUCGAAAUUUCACAGCCUGCUCUUGAUCCUGGUAAAUCAGAGGUGCAUCAUCACAUUACUGCACGUAGAAGGAGAUCAAGGGUGCACAGGAGGUAUUAUAAAUUAAAAGGUGGUGGAAGGUGUGAUGAUAACAGUACCGCUCCUCCUUGCGUAGGUUGGGUUGAAAUGAUGGCUCCUGUGUUCUCAAGAGCAGCCUGGCGUUGUGCUUGGUAUAUGGUCCAGAACGACUUGAUCCAUGCAUGGGGUCUGGAUAUGCAGCUUGGUUAUUGUGCACAGGGCGAUCGGAUGCUCAAAGUUGGUGUGGUUGAUGCGGAGUAUAUAGUUCAUCUGGGUCUUCCAACCCUUGGUGGUCUUUCAGAUGAACACAAGUUGACUGAUGUAAAAUCAGAUCAAUUUUCUCUAUCGAAGAACUUGUCAGAUUCAGAAGCAGUGGUAACUUCAUUUGUUUACAAAUAUGACAAUAGAUCUGCGGUACGAAGACAAUCCUAUAUUGAGAUGAAGAUUUUUAGGAAUAGGUGGAAUAAGGCUGUUAAGGAGGAUACUUGUUGGGUCGAUCUCUAUCCUCAAUCAUCGUAUCAGAAAAUUCACUAGCGAAGUUGGCCAUCCAAGACCUCGUCAACUAAGGUGCUCGACUUGCAUACUUUUGCAGGAACAAAUUCGCGAAGACACAGCAAGUUAUAUAUUCUUUUCUCAGAUCGUGAAAAUACUGAAAAGCCAAACAGCAUUCCUUUGUAUAAAUGAUGGUACAAAUGUGUAGCUGAAUACAGGAGGUGACGGUUACAUUAUUUUUUUCUUUUUGGCUUUGUAAUUAUUGAUUUAUUUUUUGUUUUUUGAAAUUUUCAGAAAUAACUUUCCAUUUUCAGAAAUUUGGUUGUCAUUCAUUCUCAUAAAGUUUAAUCUGAGUUUAGGCCAUUCAUCUCUA